CCACUUCGAGUUUGAAAAUGUGUGGCGAUCGGAAUCAGAAAGGGAGUCUAAGACUAGAUAAUCCAGAAUCUGCAGAGGGUAUCUGCAGCCCAAACCCUUUUGACAGUUCUUCUCAGCCACAUAUUUAUUCAAUUUACAACAGGAAAGAUGAGCUGUCCUUUGAAACUGAAACCAGUAGCACACUUUCAGAGAUAUCACAGGACCAUAGCACCAAUGAAGAGAAGAAUGGCGCAGAUUGGAAAGCCAGUUAUUGGGGCACUAAUAUUGACAAGUCUGUACUCAAGGAAGAUAUCUUGGAUAAGACGACAGCUAAUGUUGUUGAAACAGAGGAUGCUGAUAUCUGUACAUGCAGUCCCAUUCCAGCAGAGGGCAAUGAGUACACUGACGCGGACCAUCAGAGGGAAGCUGCUUUAUCGUGUAAGCAGAAACACAACCAGGCAGUAAAUCAUAAAGGAAAGUCAUCUGAUGAGUUUCAAUUGCUUGCGGCAGAAAACGUUAGGCUCCACACAUGUGUGUGUGAACUUCAAAGCAAGAUCGAUGGCUUGAGUGAAAUUGUUCAGAUUGCAGAUCAAAGGCUCUGGAUGUUUAAUAUGCAGAUUAUGGGGUUAGAGAAGAAAAAUUCAGCUUUAAUUGCUGUUUUAAACAAGAAAUCGAAAGAAGAACAUCGUCAGAGACCUGACAAACACAAGACUACAGAGAACAGCUAAAGUUCUUUGCAUAAUGAGUGAAACACAAAGCUGUCAGUGAACGGAAUGAAUCGUCAUAGUAUUCAUUUCAAUUGUAUAAAUAAUUCUAUUUACAAGAAUUGGAUGUAUUAGUGUACUUUAAAAUAUAUUAAUGUGGUGAAUGAGAUAAUCUAGAAAUCUAGGGUUUGAAGUGCAAGUUGCUUAAGAAUAUCUUUCUCAAGUUGCAUCAUUUAAAUGUAUUCUCCAUAAUAAAUAAUUCAUUGAGUAAUCAAUUUUGCAUAUGCUCACUACACAGAUAUUUGGUGAAAUGUAAUAAUAGGGGUUAGAAAUGAAAGACUUUUUAUUUUGACAUAUAAACUAUAAGGUUUAUAACCUCAUAAAAUAUGUUGAAUUUGCUCUUCACAUUGUAUACCUUUUAAUAAACCAGAUUUGUAAUUUAUAGAAUGAAAUAAAGUCUCUGUUAUUUGACUAUCAGCUGUUAGACAGGGAGAGUUUCUACAUUUGCAACUACCUCGAGUGAAGUGGAACAGCAGCAUAAAUGGAAAUGCUAUAUUGCCAGAUACACUGCAUAGAAACCAUGCUCAAGUGCAUGGAAGUUAAGCUUUUAAUGCUCGGGAAGAACAAAAAUUCCCCACCUUUGUUUCUUCCUCUCUACCUACCCCCACCUCCCCCUUACACACUUUUCUUUCCACUUCCCUUGUCUCCAUUACGCAGUUACCUUAUUUCCCGGCAAUGAAGACGCUAUUUUUUUACCCUAAAAUAAGGUCCAAAAUUAAC